AUGGGUUACAUGGUUUCCCAAAAGGGUAGAUAUCAUAAAGUGGGUUUUACUAGUAAAGACCUACAUAACCACAUUAGUAAAACUAGGCGUGGCAAAGUAAAAGACGGUGAUGCACUUGCUGUGUUGGCCUAUCUAUUGUCCAAAGUAGAUAGUAACCCAUUAUUUCUAGGAAAGUUCACCUUAAAAGAUAGUAAGUUGGAUAAUUUGGUAUGGGCUGAUGGAGCAAGCAUUGUUGAUUACGAAUGUUUUGGCGAUGUACUGGCAUUUUACACCACUUACAAGAAAAAUGUCUACAACAAGCCCUUAGUCAUCUUUUCAGGGACCAACCACCAUGGCCAAACAACUAUCUUUGGAUGUGCCUUGCUUUCGGAUGAGAGGUCCGAUACUUUUAAGUGGGCACUGAAGAAAUUUUUGAAAUUCAUGUUCGGCAAACUACCUAGAUCCGUUGUGAUAGACGGGGACCACGCUAUGAGAGACGCCAUCUUAGAAGUAUUUUUUGGUAUAACACUGCCUUUGUGCAUGGCAUCUCCAUCGUAA